AUAUGAAGCUGAUACUACUUUUCUGUUACAUUGCAUUCAGUCUCAGCGUUCCACGCGUCCGGCGAUUUGACAAUGAGAAACUGUUCCAUGUUACUCCUAAAAGUGACGAUGAGGUGAAAUUUAUUAAACACUUGGACACCACAAUGAAGCUUGACUUCUGGAAACCCAAAUAUAGCAAUCAUGUGACCCCAAAAACCAAAGUGUCUUUUCAUGCUGAUGCUCAACAAUCUAAAGUGAUUGAGGCGCUCCUCACACAGGAAAGAAUCGAAUACAGGAUAGUUUUUCAUGAUUUACAAAAAGCUAUUGAGAAUCAGUUUACCAAAGGAAGUGAACGGAAGAAUGGCUUCUCUCACUACCAUGACUGGAAAGAGAUUGCUAUGUGGGCUUAUUCUGUCUCACUAAAUAACCCCGAAUUGGCUUCCAUAGUACAGAUUGGAGAGACAUAUGAAGGACGUCCAAUGCUUGUUCUGAAGAUUGGAAAUCAAAAAUCUGCCAAGAAAGAAGUCUUCAUAGAAUGUGGAAUCCAUGCUCGGGAAUGGAUCUCUCCUGCAUUCUGCCAGUGCUUUGUGAAUGAGGCAAUAAGAACAUAUGGAAAGGACAAAGCAAUGACGAAGCUCCUAGACAGUCUGAUAUUUCAUGUGCUGCCUGUAUUUAAUGUUGAUGGCUAUGUUUUCACAUGGACAAGUGAUCGUCUAUGGAGGAAGAAUCGUGCUCCAACACCUAUUGAUAAAUGUUUUGGCACAGAUCUUAACCGGAAUUUUAAUGUCUCAUGGAAUGGUAUUCACUUUGAUGAUGAGCCUUGUAGUGAAGGCUAUGCUGGAAAUGCCCCAGAAUCUGCACCUGAAACAAAAGCUCUCACUACAUACAUUCGGAAUAACCUUUCAUCUUUGAAAGCUUUCAUAAGUUUCCACUCAUUUGGCCAAUUACUGUUAUAUCCAUAUGGGUAUACAGAUGAAGAGGCACCAAAUCACAAGAAACUGGAUCGGAUAGCCAAGUCUGCAGCGAAAGCGCUCCACAGUCUAUACAACACCACCUAUAAAUAUGGACCAAUCUUCUCCACAAUUUAUCCAGUUUGUGGCUCCUCUGUUGACUGGGCAUAUGAUGAAGGCAUUAAGUACUCAUUUGUGUUCGAGUUGCCUGAUGACGGUGAUUAUGAUUUUUUGCUUCCUGAGCAUGAAAUAGAACCAACCUGCCAGGAGACCAUGUUGGCUGUGAAACAAAUUGCUAGUUAUCUCAUUGAUUAAGAUACAAUGCAAAAAGUCACAUAGCUUCAUCUUACAUGUCAGCAUGUAAGGGUACUUUCACACUUGCGGCAGGACGGAUCCGGCA